AGCAUGACAGAGUUUUGGAAGGAGCACUCCAAGGUCACCACAGUGGAGCAGAUGAUGCUGGACUCUCGUGCGAGGGAGCUGACCCAGCACGAGCUGCCCGAGAUCCUCUCCAUGCUGCCCUGCCUGGAUGGAUACAGAGUGCUGGAACUGGGAGCUGGCAUUGGUCGUUACACCAGCCACCUGCUGGCCAGAGCCGGCCAUGUGACUGCUGUCGACUUCAUGGACAGCUUUGUGGAGAGGAACAGGCAGGACAAUGGUCACCAUAGCAACGCUACCUUCAUCCAAGCUGAUGUCACAAAGCUGGACGUCCCCCAAAACAGCAUUGACUUCAUCUUCUCCAACUGGCUGCUGAUGUACCUGAGUGACGAGGAGCUGAAGUCCUUCAUGGAGAAGAUGCUGGGCUGGCUGCGGCCCGGUGGCUUUCUCUUCUUCAGGGAGUCCUGCAACCACCGGUCAGGUGACUCCAAGAGGGACUUCAACCCCACCUGCUACCGCUCUGACGCACAAUACAGCCACAUGGUAUCAUCAGUACAAGUGGAGGGGCCAGAGGGGGGCCAGAAGUUUGGUUUUGAGAUGGUGUUGAAAAAGAAAGUUAAGACCUAUAUUGAGAUGAAAAACAAUCGAAAUCAGAUCUGCUGGCUGCUGGAGAAGGUUCCCCACUCCUCGAAUUCCCAGAAUUCAUUUAACACCUUCCAGCAGUUCCUGGACAACCAGCAGUACACCCGCCGUGGGAUCCUACGCUAUGAGAAGAUGUUUGGGGCUGGUUACAUCAGCACAGGCGGGCCCAGCACCACCAAGGAGUUUGUGGACCUGCUGAACCUGAAGCCCGGACAGAAGGUUCUAGAUGUUGGCUGUGGCAUUGGUGGAGGAGACUUCUACAUGGCUAAGACCUUUGGAGUGGAAGUGCUUGGCCUGGACCUGUCAGACAACAUGGUGGAUAUUGCUAUGGAGCGGGCGAUCACUGAGAAGCUGCCAUUAGUCCAGUUUGAGGUGGCUGAUGCCACUAAGAGGACGUUCCCAGAAGGUUCCUUUGAUGUGAUC